AUGGCAGAAGCAGCUUCUGACACUUCUGAGAAACUGGUUGUCAUCCACUCCAAAGCUCACAAAGAUACCAUUCUAGCUAAUUUGGAAGAACAAAGGAAAAAGGAUUUUCUCUGUGACAUUACUCUAAUAGUGGAGAAUGUGCAAUUCAGAGCCCAUAAAGCUUUGCUUGCUGCCAGCAGUGAAUACUUCUCAAUGAUGUUUGUAGAUGAGGGUGAAAUAGGGCAGUCAAUUUACAUGUUGGAGGGAAUGGUUGCAGACGCCUUUGGAGCACUGCUUGAAUUUAUCUACACUGGUUGUCUCCAUGCCAGUGAAAAAAGCACAGAACAAAUUCUGGCCACUGCACAGCUGCUGAAAGUGAAUGACUUGGUGUGGGCCUGUACAGACCAUCAGGCCAGCCGUAGCCCAUGUAAUGCAUUACCAGCGCCGGCUAACAGUGCAGCCUCUAUAGCUGUUAUUGCAAGCGACAAGAAAAAUGAAGAUCCACCCAAGCGAAAACGAGGGCGACCAAGGAAGGUCAAGAAACUCCAAGAAGAAAAAUCACCCACAAAUUCUGCUGAAGAUGUGCAGCUGAGAGAGAACAACUCCAUGCAAAAUAAGCAAAAUUUUAUGAAAAAGGAGACUGCAGAGGAAGAAACAGUUGUCAGCGAACAGGCUCCAGUGAGGAAAGAUGCAGAAGAAACUGAACCUGCUUGUGGCUCAGAAGAUGCUGUCGAUCUGUCAGCUGAGAAAGAUGAGAAUUAUGAUCCCAAAUCUGAAGGAAUACAGAGCACUCAGAGCCGUUACAGCAAACGCAGAAUAAGGAGAUCAAUCAAACUAAAAGAUUAUAAACUUCUUGGUGAUGAGGAUGAAAAAGGACUGGCAAAGAGAACUGAUGGAAAAAGAAAAUGUGCAGGUUCUGAAGCUCGCUGUAAAGACUGUGGCAAAGUAUUUAAAUAUAAUCACUUCUUAGCUAUUCAUCAGCGGAGUCAUACAGGGGAGCGCCCUUUUAAGUGCAGUGAGUGUGGCAAAGGCUUUUCCCAGAAGCACUCUCUUCAAGUCCAUGAGCGGAUGCACACUGGAGAACGGCCGUACACCUGCACCGUCUGCAGUAAGGCUCUGACAACAAAGCAUUCUCUUCUGGAGCAUAUGAGCCUACACACCGGGCAGAAGGCUUUUACAUGUGAUCAGUGUGGGAAAUACUUCAGCCAAAAGAGACAGCUUAAGAGCCAUUAUCGAGUACACACAGGCCGUUCACUGCCAGAAUGUAGCCAGUGUCGUCGCAAAUUCAUGGACGCAGCUCAGUUAAAGAAACAUCUAAGAACACAUACAGGUGAGAAGCCCUUCACUUGUGAAAUUUGUGGCAAAUCAUUUACGGCUAAAAGUUCUCUUCAGACUCACAUUAGAAUUCACAGAGGAGAAAAGCCGUAUUCUUGUGGUAUAUGCGGAAAAUCCUUCUCUGAUUCCAGUGCUAGGAGAAGACACUGUAUCUUACACACAGGCAAAAAGCCUUUCUCCUGCUCAGAAUGUAGUUUGCAGUUUGCUCGUCUGGACAACCUGAAGUCUCAUUUGAAAAUUCAUAGCAAGGAGAAGCUGUUUCAGGAAGCCAGCAUGGCCCCAAGCGCCAACACUGGUUCAGAAGAAGUGAGAAACAUUCUUCAGCUGCAGCAGUAUCAACUUGCCACCUCUGGAGGGCAGGAAAUCCAGCUACUGGUUACAAAUGCAGUACAUAAUAUAAACUUCAUGCCUAGUCAUAAUCAAGGCAUUAGUAUUGUUACUGCAGAAAAUGCCCCAAAUAUGACAACAGAGCAGGCUUCUAAUCUCACACUGCUUGCUCAGCCACCACAGCAGUUGCAAAAUUUGUUGCUUUCAGCUCAGCAGGAGCAAGUGGAACAAAUCCAAAGUAUCAAUAUGAUUGCAAACCAAAUAGAGACUGCCCAACCUGAACAAAUGCAUGUCAUCGCUCUUUCCAAGGAAGCACUAGAACAUCUCCAUGCUCAUCAAGGACAAAAUGAAGAAAUCCACUUAGCGGGAUCUUCACAUCCAGCUCAGCACGUGCAGCUGACUCAGGAAUCAAGUCAACAGUCUCACUCUAUCCAAGAUACAGUUCCUUCUCAUCAAAUGAGUGAAGAACAGAAUCAAAGUGUACAUAUUUCUGAAUCCCAUCAGCAGUCUCUGUCAGUAAAUGAGUCAUCUCAUGAGCAUCCUAUUCAAGGACAGGCUUUCUGA